CCGGGCUUGGGGCGUUCGGGCUUCUGAGGGAGGCGCUGGGCACUUCGAACUCCUGGUGCCUCCGCGAGCUGCCACGGGGGCCGGGUGCCCACCGGCCGUUAUUUUGACGACAUGUAGCCACUUGUCGUGGCGGGUCCUUCCUUUCGCCCUCCCGCACAACUCACCUCCUGCGCUCGUGCUGCUGGGCGUCGGGCGUCCGCGUGAGGCGCGGGGUGCGCCCCGGCUGCGGGCCGGAUCACCUAGCGGUCCUGUCCUGCCGGGCCCUGCCUGCCCCGCCCCCGGGUCCUCCCCGCCCGGGUCCCCAGCGGCGGUCUAGCCAACUCGACUCAGGUGUGGGCACCUUCCGCGAGAGCCGGGCUGCAGCGCCGCCUGAGCGCCCAGCGUGCGGGCGCCGUCCAGAAGUGCCUGGGGCUUGCUUGGAUCAUCAGGUUUGUCUGUAGCUGAUUUAUUUUUUAAAGUUUCCCUGCCUCUGACAGUGAACAAGCCAGAAAUACACUUUCGGGAAAUGGCCUCUAAAUCUUGGUUGAAUUUUUUAAUUUUCCUCUGUGGAUCAGUAAUAGGUUUUUUUUUAUGCUCUCAGCUAUUUAGUAUUUUGUUGGGAGAACAGGGUGACACACAGCCCAAUAUUCUUCAUAAUGAUCCUCAUGCUAGGCAUUCUGAUGAUAAUGGACAGAAUCAUCUGCAAGGACAAAUGAACUUCAAUGCAGAUUCUAGCCAACAUAAAGAUGAGAACACAGACAUCGCUGAAAACCUCUUUCAGAAAGUUAAAAUUCUUUGUUGGGUUAUGACAGGCCCUCAGAAUCUAGAGAAAAAGGCCAAACAUGUCAAAGCUACAUGGGCUCAACGUUGUAAUAAAGUGUUGUUUAUGAGUUCAGAAGAAAAUAAAGACUUUCCUACUGUGGGAUUAAAAACCAAAGAAGGCAGAGAUCAACUCUACUGGAAAACAAUUAAAGCUUUUCAGUAUGUUCAUGACCAUUAUUUAGAAGAUGCUGAUUGGUUUCUGAAAGCAGAUGAUGAUACAUAUGUCAUACUAGACAAUUUGAGAUGGCUGCUUUCAAAUUAUGACCCUAAAGAACCUAUUUACUUUGGGAGAAGAUUUAAGCCCUAUGUAAAGCAGGGUUACAUGAGUGGGGGAGCAGGAUACGUACUAAGCAAAGAAGCCUUGAAGAGAUUUGUUGAUGCAUUUAAAACAGAGAAAUGUACACAUAGUUCCUCCAUUGAAGACUUAGCCCUGGGAAAAUGCAUGGAAAUCAUAAACGUAGAAGCUGGAGAUUCCAGAGAUACCACUGGAAAAGAAACUUUUCAUCCCUUUGUACCAGAACACCACUUAAUCAAAGGUUAUCUACCCAAAACCUUUUGGUACUGGAAUUAUAACUACUAUCCUCCUGUAGAGGGUCCUGGUUGCUGUUCUGAUCUGGCAAUUUCUUUUCACUAUGUUGAUUCUACAACUAUGUAUGAAUUAGAAUACCUCGUUUAUCAUCUUCGUCCAUAUGGUUAUUUAUAUAGAUAUCAACCUGCCUUACCUGAGAAUAUAUUAAAGGAAAUAAAUCAAGAAAACAAAAAUGAAGAUACAAAAGUAAAAUUAGGAAACCCUUGAAAGAAAAAUGUGAAUGAACCGAGGUAAAAUGUCCAGCAUUGCAGUGAAGAACUUCUGCAUUUCUGACAUAGAACCCUGAAAUCCCAUUGAGAAAUUCAUUCUAUGAGAACAUUCCAUAUAGAAAUCUUUCAACUGAAAGACUAUAAACUUAAGCUUUAAAUGAGCUGUGAAGUCUGUUAAAAUGUGUUUUGAUACAGUAAUAUAUAAAUAUAAAUACAUAUAUAUAUGAAAAAUUUGUGUUUUCUUAAGACAGUGGCAAGGUAGAAGAACUAGAAGAGAUUUUGUUGCCUGCUCCUGACCGUGUAUAAUAUUGUCACUGAAAAACUGAAACAGUUAAAUUUGCUAAAACUGCACUGUACCAUGUAACAUACACAAUGCUAAACAGAUCUGCCUUAAAGAAAAUUUAGAAGGAAAUAUUGUUGCUCAGUGUUGUUUAUACUCAUUUGCUGUGUGAUAUAAAUGAAACAAUCCCACCACACAGUUGUCUAAUGAAAAUUCUGCUGUGAUAAUUUAUAAUCAGCAAUAUUUAUUCAAAAAGGUAGAAUAAGAAUGGCACUUAUCCUAAAGUGCAUUAAUAAAAUUACAUUUUCAAAGUUA